UCUCCCUUUCACCCCGUCUUCCUUCUACCCUGCCCAGCAACACGGCCGUUCCGCAGCUCUCCAUUGGCUCGCCGCCGCAGCCAAUCAGAACGUCCGGCGCGAACGCGCGCUCACUGGAACGCUCAGAACAGAACGACCGUUAACUGCUCCGCACCCUCGCGCCGGGCCCUUUGCAGCCCGCGCCAAAGGCACAUGCGCAUUGGAGCUCCGGGCGCGCGCCCUUGCCGCCCGGCGGAGGAGCGCAUGCGCAAUGCAGGCGGCGGCGCGGGCAGGCGUCCCUUGAGACGGGAGAGGGGGUGCGUCACCCGGAGGCGCCUCAUUGAUUAUUCAUUACGGGCAGGCUAAUUACAUGCACAGUUAUUCAGCCUAAAGACCCUUAAUGGCUGGAAAUGGGCGGGGCCUUCUAGGUGUAAUUAUGCACGAAUUAAUGAUAUGCAGAUUAGUUCAUUAGUCGCUUUGGCGUGUAUGCAAAUACGCUCAUUAGCUAUUGUCCCAAGUCUACUGUGGAGGCGCAUGCAAAUUAGGCAGGGCAGGAGCGCGAGAUGGGCCUGAUCUUCCUCUUCAGCUGCUGCUUCUUCCCCCUCUUCUUCCUCGCCCUGCGCUGGGCGCUGCGCCGGCCCCGGGCCCUGGGCAUGGACCAGCUGCAGGCCACCUACGUCGCUGCCAAGCUGGUCUCCUCCGUCCAGGCCGUCAUGGCCUCCACCGCCGGAUACAUCGUGUUCAGCUCCUGCCAGCACGUUCUCGAUGACCAGCAUUGGCUGACGAGCGCCUACACGCAGUUCGCGGUGCCCUACUUCAUUUACGACAUCUACGCCAUGUUCCUGUGCCACUGGCACAAGUACCGGGUGAAGGGGCACGAGGGCGCGGGGCCCCGCUCGCUGCGCACCGUCACCCGCGCCUUCCUGCACAAGGAGCUCCUCAUGGUGCUGCACCACCUCUGCAUGGUGCUGGUGUGCUUCCCCGUCUCCGUGCUGUGGCGCCAGGGGAAGGGCGAUUUCUUCCUGGGCUGCAUGUUGAUGGCCGAGCUGAGCACCCCCUUCGUCUGCCUGGGCAAGGUGCUCAUCCUGUACAAGCAGCAGCACACGCUGCUGCACAAGGUGAACGGGCUCCUCAUGCUGGUGACCUUCUUCUGCUGCCGCAUCCUGCUCUUCCCCUACAUGUACUGGGCCUACGGGCGCCAGGCCGGGCUGCCCCUGCACCGCGUGCCCCUGGCGCUGCCGCCCGCCUGCAACCUGGGCGCCGCCCUGCUCCUGGCCCCCCAGCUCUACUGGUUCGGCCUCAUCUGCCGCGGGGCCGCCCGCCUCUUCCGCCGCGCCCGGCCCAAGGACGCCGACGCCGCCCCCCUGCGCAACGGGCACGGCCCCGGGGGGCGGGCGCUGGACUGAGCCCCCGCCCUGCCAACGGGCACGGCCCCGGGGGGCGGGCGCUGGACUGAGCCCCCGCCCUGCCGAAGGGCACGGCCCCGAGGGGCGGGCGCUGGACUGAGCCCCCGCCCUGCACGACGGGCACAGCCCCGGGGGGCGGGCGCUGGACUGAGCCCCCGCCCUGCCGACGGGCACGGCCCCGGGGGGCGGGCGCUGGACUGAGCCCCCGCCCUGCACGACGGGCACAGCCCCGGGGGGCGGGCGCUGGACUGAGCCCCCGCCCUGCCGACGGGCACGGCCCCGGGGGGCGGGCGCUGGACUGAGCCCCCCCCGUGCCAUGGGCACUGCCUCUGGGGCAGGCGCUGGACUGAAACCUCCCAGGCUCCCUGCUGUGCACCCAGGGCGACUGGGGGGGCUCGCUGGCCUGGGACCCCCCCGCCCGCCUGGUGCAACGGGCACAGCUGGGGGGUGGGCACUGCAUGAGGGGCAGAGCCCCAGGGCGCUGGCCUGAGCCCUUCCCCCGUGAUGGGCACCGGGGGACCUGACACCCGCUGCCAGCGCCCGCAGCUUCAGCCUGAUUUAGUUAUUUAUUGGGGGCCCCUGGGAAUUCGCCGGGGGCAGCAGCAGGGGGAGCGGGGGCCCCCUUGGGCAUCCCGGGAUCCCGCUGGGCACCCCCCGCUCACGGGGGAGGAGGUGCGAAGUGGG